GAAACUUUCAUAUGUACAAAUAAAAUGGUUUUGCACGUGUGUGCAUGUUUGUCAGCUUCCUGGGUUAUAUGUGCCAAAGUGAAAGCCUACACACAAAAUAGUGUCCAGAUGACCUGAUACACAUGAUUUAGCCCGAUAAAAAGAAUUUUGUUGAAAGAAAUGCAUAUUUAAAAAAUAGUUCCACGUAAAGUGUGUCACACACUUUUGUACUUAGAAUUUAUUUGAUUGGUUUAGUAACAAAUCGAACUGCGAUACGAUUAUAGUAAAUACCAAAAAGUAAUAUAAUAAUUAUAAUAGUACGUGCUAGACUGACGAUCACUUCUUUUCACUGUUUGGCAAGGAAGUUUAUCUGUUUCUAUUUUUGUCACCGGAUUCACCGGGAUUAUGGCCAAUCAACCUUUAGCCAGUGGACUCAGUGCUCAAGUCAAAAAGAAGCUUGAAGGCAAACGAGAUCGAGAUCAAGAACAAAGUGUACUUGACUGGAUAGAUGCUGUACUUGGAAUCAAAGUUGAUCGUUCUAAGCCAUACGAAGAGGUAUUGAGAGAUGGAGUUAUACUUUGCAAGGUUAUUAACAAAUUGAAACCAGGAAGUGUUAAAAAAAUCAACGAAAAUUCUACAAUGCCAUUUAAAAUUAUGGAAAAUAUCAAUGCCUUUCAAGAAGCAAUUAAAGCUUAUGGAGUGCCUACGUCUGAUGUUUUUCAAACUGUAGAUUUAUUUGAAAAGAAGGAUAUUGCACAAGUUACACAAUGUAUCUAUGCUCUUGGAAGAACUUGCCAAACACAUCCAGAGUACAAUGGUCCUAGCUUAGGUCCAAAGUUGGCACAGGAAAAUAAACGUGAAUUCUCUGAAGAUCAAUUACGCGAAGGAGCGAAUGUGAUCAGUUUACAGUAUGGUACGAAUAAGGGGGCUUCACAAGCUGGAAUGACAAUGGGAAAACAAAGAAUGAUUCUUGAUUAACUUUUUUUCAGUUGCUAAAAUAUUUUCAAACAUUUCUCAUUUGUGGUAAAAUUAACUUUUAAAUGCUAAUAAUAAACGUAACAUCAUUAUGACAUUUUGCAUAGAAGCGUAACCACUCUGAUGUCUGUCUACCAAUUAAUUACCCGAUAUGCUUUCAUAAAUUUCUUUCAGUUAAAUAUGCUUAUUCUUUCAAAUGCAUUUUUUGGUUCAUUGUAUUGCUACUUCUUCAGAUGACGAGCUUUAUACUUAUAGGUAUACGUUUACAGCCUCUAAUUAACCGUUCAGAUAAAUGAUAUUUUCUUUAGCUUG